UCAGAGGAAGGGGUGGGUUUAAGGGCGGAUGCUGAAGCCCAGCGCACGGUGAUCGAUCAGCUGAACAAGGGUGCGGUCCCGGUGGAGAUCCCAGGUCCUCGGCAGGAGCCCACGCUUCUGGGCUCGGCCGGGCCACCAGCUGAACCCUCUCGCUGUCCCUCGCUCGCGCCAGCCCAUGCAUCCUAGGCGCUCCGGGCCAGCGCCUGCGCCGCGCGCGCCUGAUUGGCAGCCCCCAACCUCAGCCCGGGCGCGUCCUCCCACUCAAGCCAAGCUUCAGUCCCCGCCCGCUCCCGGGCCACCACCUCCUCAUCGUCACCCGAGCGGCGGCGGUCGGCGAGGACCUCUCCCGAGCCGGGCCAUGAAGAUCGAGUUUGCGCCGCUCAACAUCCCGCUGGCGCGGCGGCUGCAGACGGCGGCGGUGCUGCAAUGGGUCCUCUCCUUCCUGCUGCUCGCGCAGGUGUGUGUUGGAAUCAUCGUGAUACUGAUCAUUCACAACUACUGGUUCCUCUACGUCCCUUAUUUGACAUGGCUUUACUUUGACUGGCGUACCCCAGAGCAAGGAGGCAGGAGAUCCAACUGGGUCAGAAGCUGGACUGUUUGGAGGUACUUUAAGGACUAUUUUCCAAUUCAUCUCCUCAAAACUUGGGAUUUGGAUCCAAGUCACAACUACAUAUUUGGGUUCCACCCCCACGGCGUGCUCGUUGCUGGAGCCUUUGGAAACUUUUGUACCAAUUAUUCGGACUUCAAGGAGCUGUUUCCCGGCUUUACUGCGUAUCUGCACGUGCUCCCAUUUUGGUUUCGGUGUCCUCUCUUCCGAGAAUAUCUGAUGAGUAGUGGGCCAGUCUCAGUUUCCAAGAAAAGUGUGUCCCACGUGCUGAGCAAGGAGGGCGGUGGAAACAUCUCAGUGAUUGUCCUUGGAGGUGCUGAAGAAUCGCUGGACGCCCACCCUGGGAAAUUCACUCUGUUCAUCCGCCAGCGGAAAGGAUUUGUUAAAAUUGCUUUGACCCACGGCGCCUAUUUGGUCCCAGUGUUUUCUUUUGGUGAAAAUGAACUAUUUAAACAAGUGAGCAACCCUGAAGGCUCGUGGCUUCGGACUGUGCAGGAGAGACUACGGAAGAUCAUGGGGUUUGCUUUACCACUGUUCCAUGCCAGAGGGAUUUUUCAAUACAAUUUUGGCCUAAUGCCAUAUAGGAAACCGAUCCACACUGUUGUUGGCCGCCCGAUCCCUGUUCAUCAGACUCUGCACCCAACUCCAGAGCAGGUUGAGGAGUUGCAUCAGACGUAUAUGGAGGAGCUAAGGAAAUUGUUUGAGGAGCAUAAAGGGAAGUUUGGUAUUCCAGAGCAUGAAACUCUCAUUUUUAAAUAACUAUCCUCUUAGAAGGCAUAACGGAAGAGGAGAGAAUAUCCCAUUGAGAGAAUAAAUAUUGAAAAUAAGUUUAUUUUUUUCUUUGAAUGUGGAAUCAAAUUUGCAACUGAAAAGUAUUAUUUAUGGUGACAAAUGUUGAUGUUUCUCUGUGGUAAAUAAAAAUACAGUCGGUGGCUAUAAGAUAA